AUGCUCCUGAUUCUGGCCACGUGUUUUGGAAUGGCUCUGGCCGCGCCGCAGUUCCCUGGCAUGCCGCCAAGGCCUCCAGGACCGCCUCAAGGGGUUCGUUUCAGUUCCAUAGUUGAGAUUUGCGGAUCGCAAAAAUCAAACUCUCUUUUUUUUAAAGCCCUUAUUUAUCCCAUUCUGAGUAGAUUUUAUAAAGACCACUUGAAAAUAGGUUGAUGAAACAAAAACUCGAUAUUUUCAAAAAGACCAUUAUAGUCUGUUCAAAUUAUAAAUGUCAAGUCCUCCCUUAGCUCCGCCCCCUGAUGAUAAUCCAAUCAUAGAGCGAGCCAUCCACAGAGCGUUUUUCGAAUGACGUCAUUCUACUUGACAUUCAAACAAGACUAUAUUUUCAAAAAAUUUAAUUUUUUUCACCAUCAGCUUGAGAGAAAACCUCUUAUUUUUGCACACUAUUUUUCUAAUAAUUCGAAAUUUGAACUUAAUAUUGUCCUAAGCCAAAGGUCGAUGAAAUAUAGAUUUUUGCUUUUUCGAAAUUUUUUUCGAAAUCAAAGUUCCCUAAAAAAAUGACAAAUCCCAUUCAUUGUGUUGGUGGAACUCGAAAAAAAUGUGAAUUUUUAGUUUCUUCUUUUCUUUUCGUUUUUUUCGAAAGGUAUCUCGGGGUUCAAGAAUUUCGCGAAAGACAUUUUUUUCAAAUGUUUACUCUACAAAAAUUUUUUUCGAAGAUUUGAACUUAUUCAACUUACAGAAAGCUCCGAAAAAUACCUCCAAAAAAGUUACAUAUGGGUUUUUGAUUAAAAAAACAAGAAAAAUAUGAAGAAAAGUCUCGUUUUCUACUUCUGACGAACUUCUUGUUGUCUUCAGCAAGUUUUUCCAAAAAAAUUUCUUUAAAAACGAUUUUAAAAAAAGUUUCAGAGGCAAAUAUGUAACCCUCUCUCUUGAAAAAAACUUUUUCUCCCACUAAAAAUUUUUUUACAAAAAAAGAAAUAUAUUGGUGAUAGAGUUCAGGUUAUAUACCUCGAUGCGUUAAUAUGAUGAAAAAGUUCUUUUCAGGAUCUGCCCCCAGGAUUCGAAGCCGUCCUCCCGGCGGAGACUGUCGCUCAGCUCCGCGCCGUCCACAACGACAACUCCCUUUCCCAGAUGGACAAGCAGAUCAGAAUCGACCGGAUCAUGGUGAACCUUCCGGCCGAGGUCCACGACCGGCUUCCCAAGCCUCCGGGCUUCUCCAUGCUCCCGGCCGACGCCCAGGCCCGUCUCAACGCCCUUCACCGUGAUGCGGUACGUGGAAGGAUUAUUGAGCUUUAGGAAGUAGCUUCCAUUGUGAGUCACUUCUGAUAGAAUAAGCUCUCAUCUCGAAAAUAUUUGAGCCUUAUCGACAAAUUUUUGCACGCAAUGUACUUUCCCGGUCAAAAAAUAUUGAAAAAAAAAGAAUAAUUUUCCUCAAACUUAGGACUUAAAAAAAUCAAUAUCAUCUGAUUGCAGAGCCUUGACUUCCACGCUCGCCAAAAGGCGAUCCGCCAGGUCUUGGAAUCGCUUCCGGCCGAAUACCAACGUCUUCUGCCGCCGCCGCCACCCCCACCAGGCUUCCAGCACAUGCCGGCUCCCGUCCAGCAGGCUCUGAAGAAAAUCUACUUUGACACCAGCAUCAGCCAUCGUGAGCGCGCUAGCAAAGCUAGGGUUCGUUGAAUUUUUUUGGACUUUUUGAAAUUUUCUUUAUUGAAUUUUUCAACCUUUGUGCUUUUUAUAUCGGAAUAUUAACGUUUCGGCAAAUUAAUUAAGAUUAGAUUAUAGCUCUGAAAAAUUCAUUCAUACGCUAUGAAAAAAAGCAAAAAAACAAAAAAAUAGUUAAUUUUUCCACUUUUGAAAUACAUGUGAAAAAAAUUUUUUUAUUCAGUAAUCUUUGAAAAAUUCGUGUUCAGGAACAGUUUUUUUAAAUGGUUCCGUACCAAUAAAAGGCUAAUUUAGACUUAGAAAAAAGAAGUUAGAGAAAUUAAUUAGGCGGAAAAAUUGUCAUUUUUUUCCCGGAAAAUUCCAUUAUUCAAAAAGAAAAAAAGCUUCAAGUAGGACUCUUUUCAACCUUUCGUCUUCAGGAACUCCUGAAAAACCUUCCCGACUACAGCAAAGACACCCAAUAA